AUGCCAGGUCUCGCGGCCGCAAGCCCAGCUCCGUCCGAGUCGCAGGAGAAGAAGCCGCUGAGGCCCUGCUGCGCCUGCCCAGAGACCAAGAAGGCACGCGAUGCGUGCAUCAUCGAGAAAGGAGAAGAGCACUGUGGACAUCUAAUUGAGGCUCACAAGGAGUGCAUGAGAGCCCUGGGAUUUAAAAUAUGA